AUGGGUUUCAGGCGGUUUAGUACCUGUAAUAAGGUUUUGAAGAAGUUGAAUCGGUACUCGCGGAUCAUUACGGAGCCCAAGGAGCAAGGAGCAUCGCAAGCGAUGCUGUAUGCUACAGGGUUUGGUGACGGUGAUUUUGAAAAGGCCCAGGUUGGGGUUGGUUCUUGCUGGUGGUCAGGGAAUCCUUGCAACAUGCAUCUGUUGGAAUUCAAUCACAGGAUUACUGCGUCUGUGAACAAGGCAGGUCUCAAGGGCAUGCAGUUUAAUACGAUUGGGGUGUCAGAUGGGAUUUCUAUGGGGACGACUGGGAUGCGGUAUUCGUUGCAGUCGCGGGAGGUCAUUGCUGAUUCCUUUGAGACGAUUAUGAUGGCGCAGCACUACGAUGCAAAUGUUGCGAUUCCUUCGUGUGAUAAGAACAUGCCUGGGGUGUUGAUGGCGAUGGGGAGACAUAACCGGCCAUCUAUAAUGGUUUACGGGGGCACAAUUAUGCCUGGGAGCCCAUGCAGUGGUUCGCCUAAGCUUCCGAAGAAGAUUGAUGUUGUUUCUGCAUUUCAGGCGUACGGGCAGUAUCUGUCGAAGGAGCUAACAGAGCAGGAGAGUAAGGAUGUGGUCCGGAAUGCAUGUCCGGGUCCGGGUUCGUGUGGAGGCAUGUACACUGCGAAUACGAUGGCAAGUGCUGCGGAGGUGCUUGGUCUGACGUUGCCCAACUCUUCGGCGUUCCCGGCAACGUCCACUGAGAAGCUUCGUGAAUGCGAUUCCGUUGGGGAGGCAAUCAAGAGGACGAUGGAGAUGAAUAUUUUGCCACGUGAUGUUAUGACAAUGGAGGCUUUUGAAAAUGCCAUUACAUAUGCUGUGGCAACUGGUGGCUCUACAAACUGUGUGUUGCACUUGCUGGCCAUUGCGCAUUCUGUUGGCGUCAAUUUGAGGAUCGAGGAUUUCCAGAGGAUUUCAGACAAGACUCCAUUGCUGGGAGACUUUAAGCCCUCUGGUGCGUAUGUUAUGGCGGAUUUGCUAGAGGUGGGCGGAACGCAAGCUGUUAUCAAGUAUCUAUACGAUAAUGGGUUUUUGCAUGGCGAUACCUUGACUAUCACUGGGGAAACAUUGAAAGAGCGUGCUGCCAAAGCUCCUGCACUCCCAUCUGGGCAGGAUAUCAUCCAUCCUGUAUCCAACCCCAUAAAUCCUCGUGGCCAUUUGCAGAUUCUCUAUGGAUCCUUGGCCCCAGGAGGCUCUGUUGGCAAGAUCACCGGUAAAGAGGGUACCUUCUUCAAAGGCAAAGCUAAGGUAUUCGAUGAAGAAUCUGCCUUCAUAUCCGCCCUCCAACAAGGGGCAAUUAAGAAGGGCGAAAAGACCGUCAUCAUUAUCAGAUAUGAGGGUCCAAAAGGUGGGCCAGGUAUGCCGGAAAUGCUCAAACCAUCAUCUGCUAUCAUGGGCUACGGUCUUGGCAAAGACGUUGCAUUGUUGACUGACGGGAGAUUCUCUGGCGGUUCCCAUGGGUUCUUGAUUGGACACAUCGUACCUGAAGCGGCUGAAGGUGGCCCCAUCGCACUGGUAGAAGAUGGCGAUGAAAUUAUCAUCGACGCAAACAAAAAUCUCAUUGAACUGUUACUAUCUGAAGAACAGCUUGCCCUCCGGAGAGCUAAUUGGACGCCCCGACCACCACGUUAUAAAAGGGGUGCACUAUAUAAAUACUCCAAAUUAGUAUCUAAUGCUUCCAAAGGUUGUGUCCUCGACGCUGAUGAGUAA